ACAAAAAAUUCUAAUUUAAACUUUUUCUCCUAUUGUCAUUUUAUGCUAACUGAAAGUAAAGCAAAAAUUUAAGCAAUUGUUUGAUUUUCUACGCACAACAACGCGAAGUCUUUUGAAAUGCCAGAUUUGGAGAAAUUUUUCGGCAGCGAAGACUGGAACAUGGAUUUUGUGCGUGCCAUGCUGGCGGAAUUCAUUGGAUCCUUCUUUUUUGUAUUAAUUGGCAUACUGUGUACUUCAUUCAAACCUACUGACACAGAAUGGCAGUUCGCAUCACCUGUACAGGUAGCAUUCGCCUUGGGGUGUAUUACAUUCUCGAUUUCUCACGCGCUUGGACGUAUCAGUGGUGCGCACCUCAGUCCAAUGGUCAGUCUCGGCUUGUUCCUUAUUUGCGGCAUGAGUGUACUAAGUGUCAUUGGCUAUAUUUUUGCUCAAUUUCUUGGUGGCUUAGCGGCAAUCGGAAUUAUUUCACUAUCACCUAAUGAGGAAAUGUAUAAGGAGAAUUGCACCAUAAGACCGAUGAUGGGUGCUUCAUAUUUAGAGAUAUGUACUGUUGUGUUUGGCGUCCUUUAUUUGGAUCGUAACAGUAAUUGUGACUACCGAAUGACGUUAUGAAGAUGCGUACGGGAAUGGCUCGUUUUACAUUUGUCUUACUGUUUUUAGGGCUUAUCUGAUUGCCAUGAUCGGCUCCGGCGGAGGCGUCAACCCGGUGCGAUCGGUGGCUGCAUCAAUUCUUGAGAAUGAAUAGUAACAUCAUUUAUGCUAUUGGGUGGGUUCCAUAGCGUGUGCCAUUUUAGCUGCUUUUAUAUAUAAUUGCUGUUGAGAGAUUUCAGCGGAUAAGUUAGUACUUCCAAGGUAAAGCCUUGCACAAGGGAAAUUUUAGUCAUGGGCCAAAUUAGCAAUUGUGCAGCUUCUACUGUGGAAACGGUAUGGCACAUCAGCAUUAGAAAUAAGUACCCAGCAACUCAUAAAUUUGACCGUUAAGUCGUCUUAUGGAAACGUAAGACAUUUUAAUUUAAAAAAAUGCUUUAAUAUGUAUAUUUGGGCACCUACAUUUGUUUAAAACAUGCAAUGAAUUACGCUAUUACAGAAAAAUACACAAGAUUGUACAAGGAAAAAUACCCAUAUAAAUAUGAAUAGCAUUUUCAUUAUUAUUGUGCUCUUUGUAAGGACAAUGGAUGUUUCGGAACCUCCAAAUAUUCAUUUUUCCACUUAGUUGGUAAUAUAUUAAGUGCAGCAACAACUACAACAGCAAACAUUGCAUUAGUAUGAAAAGGAAAAUUAAAUUAAAAAUUAAAAUUAAAAUUAAUUGAAGCAACACUGAGUACAAGGACCUUUUAAUUUGCGAAUACCAAAUCAAGACAGAAGGCUAUGUAUUCCAUUAAAGCGCUAGUCAAAGGAGAAUCCAAUCGAUCUAAGGCUUCAUAGUAAGAAUGUUAAUUAAGGUAAUGGCUUAUAUACCGAGUGAUCUGGUGGAAAAUAAAAUCAUUUUAUUUCAAGUUCAUGAAAUUAGUUGCUGUUAUCUUCAGCCAAAUCGUACAAUCGAAGGGAAAAGGUCGAGUAGGGGACGACGAAUAGAUGAAAUAUCUCCCGCUCCAACGUCACAUCAGAGUUGACAUUCAUAAUUGGGA